AUGGAUGGUCGCCCACUUGGAAAGGGUCGUGUAGUACGAGUGACACAGCGAAAGGGGGGGCUGGGCACCCAAGAGGGCGUUCUUGGUCGCGUCGUUUUCGUCGCCACUGGCGGUGAUGUCCACGAAGGCAGGGAUGCCGUACUUGGCCAAAAUGUGUUCCUGGCCGCCAUUUUGCAAAACCCGCUCUUUGCCCAGAACUUUGGUGCCAUCGCGAUGGUCAUCUGUGACACGUAUUCACGCACGGGUUCGACAACUACGGUUCCACAACUAAUUCCCGUCGCAGUACACGGAAGAAGCAGAUGCACGUUAUUCUACUUGUCGUUCGCCCAAGCCUCGUGCUCCAAGAACACGGAUGCCCGCCUCGCGAAUCAUUUGCCGGACCCGCACCCGCCCGGUCGGUUCCGCGUGACAGGGGUGUUGCAAAACAACGCUGAGUUUGCCCGUGUGUUCCAGUGCCCCACCGACUCGUACUUGAACCCGUCCAAGAAAUGUUUGUGGGAAUAG